AUGACCAAAACCCGGAUUCGUAACCUGACCCGACUCCCUUCUCCCAAACCACUACGCGGUGGCGACGCCAACUUCAUGGAACAGCUCCUCCUCCACUGCGCAACCGCCAUCGACUCAAACGACGCAGCACUGGCUCACCAAAUCCUCUGGGUGCUCAACAACACUGCUCCACCAGACGGUGACUCCACCCAACGACUAACCUCCGCCUUCCUCCGCGCGUUGCUCUCACGCGCCGUCUCCAAAACCCCUACAUUAUCAUCCACCAUUAGUUUCCUACCUCCGGCAGAUGAACUCCACCGGUUCUCAGUAGUGGAGCUAGCAGCGUUCGUCGACCUCACUCCUUGGCACCGGUUCGGAUUCAUCGCGGCCAACUCGGCUAUCUUAACAGCCGUGGAAGGUUACUCAACGGUUCACAUAGUUGACUUAAGUUUGACUCAUUGUAUGCAAAUCCCGACUCUCAUAGACGCCAUGGCAAGCCGAUUCAACAAACCUCCUCCGCUUCUUAAACUCACCGUCGUCUCUUCUUCCGAUAACUUCCCACCGUUCAUCAACAUCUCCUACGAAGAACUCGGAUCUAAACUCCCACAACAACAACAAGAAGAUUAA